AUGGGCACCGCUUCCAAGGAAGCUUUCGUUCCCGAACGGUGUCAUAAGAUCCUAGUAGCGGGUUGCGGUUUUAUGGGCGAGUCAAUCGCUAGUAUAUUCGCGGCUUACGGACAUGAAGUCUUCCUGUUUGACAAUCGAGGAGCUGAGUAUCUGGAGACGUCGAAAAAACGGAUAGCUGCGGCUGCGGCAGAGUACCGGAGGAUAGUGGGGGGAGGAGGUGACAAAAAGAACUCUACAGAGGACCAAGAUGCAGAGAUAGCGGCCGCAAUACUUCCGAAACUCGUCGCGGCGCCACCACAGCUUUUAGAAGUAUCGAGCAGUUCUACUUCUACUGCUGCUGCGGAACUGCUGGACAGUCUGGACUUCGUUUUCGAGGCGGUCUUUGAAGAUUUAGAAGUAAAGUGUCAGCUUUUUGCUGCACUGGCGGAGCAAUCGCAGAAAAUUCGAGACGGACUAGUUCCACUUUGCUCCAACACCAGUUCAUUAUUGUUGGCCGAUAUGCAAAGAAGGCUUGCCGAGAUCAGUGGGGCCGACAAUGUUAUGGUUAGCUUUCAUCCACGACAGCACCAUUUUGUUCUUGAUGCCCUUUUCCCAUGGAAUACAAGGGAAAAGGUAGCAAGAUGGAUCGACCGAUAUGGACCCAAGCACGCUCUAACAGUGGCGCGAACAAGACAGCUCUGGCAGUCGCGCACUUCCAAGGUCCAGCACUUUGGAUGCCCCUAGUGGAGUUGUAUUUUGGCGGCGCCGAUGCAACGGCGUUAUAUGAGGGAUCAUUAGUAUUAAGGGUUCCUCUAUAAUUAAUCCAUUUUCCGAGACAUCCUCGAGACGCUUUUCAAUGGGAGAAGAGAGCCCUAGGGUGUAUAUCAAGAUGGAUUAGGGCGAGCUCUAAGAGUGACGCUGCUAUCGAGCUGUCACAAGCGGCCAAUUGUCAUGCGUCGAGAAGUGCCGGGUUUCGUGCAUGCGCGGUUGCAGGCAUGCUUAGUCCGUGAGUGUCUUGCGCUGGUUCGCGAAGGAGUGUGCAACGCGGAGGACGUGGAUGACGCAGUAACGUUCGGCUUCGGUCGGAGAUAUAACGAAGUAGGCCCCUUGAAACAAGCGGACAUUGUUGGCCUGGACUUGAUUGCCAAAACGCAUAACGCAAUCUUUCCGUCACUGUGCAACGAUACUUCCGAUCCUUUCACCGCAGAGUUGGCAGCAAAUGGAUCAAGAGGCGGAAAAGAUCUCUCAGGCUAUUUGCAGUGGCCGUGUGCGGCGACGGUAGAAUCUACAAAGAAAAAGCGUGACGAUGAAGUGAAACGCAGACUCGUGCAGGAUUUUGAAUCAUGAUAACGCGGCUGGCGCAGCAAUUGUGCACAUCAUGAUGUGCUUUCACAAAAAGACACGUUGAAAUAAAUCGCAUGAAUUUUUUUGAAGUACCAGAAUCCGAGAGCUGUCAUCGGCUAUCAUUGGGUCGUCUCUGCGUGUCUUCAUGCCCUUCAAAAGAUCCGGUGAACAACUUGAGACUGAAAAAUCAAGAAGAAAUCGGUCAAAUAUAUGGUUCAUGAUCAAGCCUUGUCGAAUGUAUUUGUGUGUUGCUGCAGAGGAAAAUCUCAGUUACAACAUGCGAACAAGACUGCAAAGAGACAUGCUGAAUGAUUCAAAAUGUGAGUGCC